UUGGAUGCCUUUCUUAAGGCAACCGGCGACUCACCUAAAAUUGUUGGGGGGGACUUCAAUGGCUGGCAUCCCAUUUGGGGUAGCCCAGUCGCCAAUGCUAGGGGUGGUGACGUGGUCGAUCUGGUUUAUGGUAACGAGUUGGUUGUCUGUAAUGUUGGCGAUUCGCCCACGUUCGAGACGAUCACUCACGGCCGGCACCGGGAUUCGAUCAUUGACAUUACACUAGCAUCUGAAUCGAUAUACCAUCUCGUAUCGGAAUGGCAGGUCAACCCCCAGAUAUGUACCUCAUCUCAACACCACGCUAUUGAAUUUUACCUAAACAGUCCUAAUUCUGAUUUGUACACUAACUAUAACACAUCCACCUUCAUAUAUAAAUCGAAAAAAGCCUGUUGGCCUUUAUUUAAUGAAACUCUUCACUUACACUUAACACAAUCUGAUAUCUUGGACAUUAAUAUAUCUGCCCUGAAUCCCUCCGAGUUGGAUGACCUCAUAGCCAAAGUUGUGGAAAUUAUCCACAUUGCCUGCCGUAAAAGUAUGCGGAUGAGAGGUAAGGGAGGGAAAUACAAGCCCCCCUUGGUGGUCAGAAGAACUAGAGGCUCAGAACUCGAGAUAAUAAAAUUGCAUCAUCGCAUACAGGAGGCAAAGAGACGCGGUCUAGCCAUAGAGGACUUAGUUCAGCAACACAUGACUCUCAAAGCAGCAUAUGCACAAAACUUAAGAGCUGAGUCCACAAAAAGCUUUAGGGAUUUUUGCAGCCUUCAAACCAAGGAGAAUGUCUGGUCCCUGACUAAUAGACUAUUAAAAGAGUCCACUGCUAGACGCCCACCUACCACCUUAAAAAUAAAUAAUAAGUUCACUGCGAACAAUUAUGAAACUGCAACUGCACUGCUUAACCAUUUUUAUCCUCCAGAUCUACCAGACACUGACCCCCCGUCAUCACGAGCUGACUGCCCACCUCGGAUGACACUUUGGACACUAAUGAUGAACCACCCUUCACUUCAGAGGAGGUGCUGGAGCACUUGA